AUGAGAACCAUUUUUGUGUUUCUUCUGUGUUUUUCACUUACGUAUUGUGCCAUCAUCAAAAGAGAGACAAAAGAAGAUGGAGACAACACACAGGGAGAAAAGGACGAUUUAAAUGGUGAAGCGGAAAACAGAGACAAUAAAGAUGAUAGAAGUGCUGCAAAUGAAGAAAAAAAUGCCGAAGAACAAGAAGGUGAUGAAGAUAGCGAUAAAGUCGGUUACGGUGGAGAUAAAGAUGAUAAUGAAGAGGAUGGCAUGGGAAACGAAGAGGAUCGCAGCGUAAAACGUCCUGAAAGUGCAAAUAACGUACAGGUGGGUACUGAGGAAAAAGAUAAGCAGAAGGACUGUAGUAGAGGAAAACGUGUUGUUGAUGGCGUCCCCAACUACGUCUUCAUACCGGUGCCCAUUGAGAUUAUAGACACAGAACUGGUUCCUGUGGAAACUUACGAUGUUUAUGGUUGA